AUGUGGCUGCUGGCCGAGCUAUGGCUUCUUGGAGCCACAGCCCUGAAAAAGACUGGUCAAGCCUUCAUCCCGGAGGUGCUAGUCUUCCCAACAGGCCUCAAACCCACUGAUUGGAAGUUACCAGACCAGUUGGGAACUAUUCAUUCACAGCUGAUCUCUUUAAAUUCAGACUCCCAAAGGGUUGGAGGACAAAAUUGGCAACAGCCUCCCCGAUUAGCAAACAAUUUCAGGAUACAUGAGGGUCCUUUUAAACACUAUAUGGACUCAAAGCUGGGGAAGCGGCUAGCAGGGAGGAAAGAACGCCGGUGUCGAUUUGGAGAUAUUAAUGUUCACAAGUGCUGCCAGUUUGGAAAGAUCUGUUCUCCGUUCCAGGCUCUGGCCACUCCAGAGAUGAGAAGACUGAUGCUGCCUCGGGACCUGCCCAUAAAUCCCCGGAUGGAGUACUUGGGAUUCUCCUGUACUCUAGACCCAGGACUCCAAGAUUUUUACUUAUCUUCCAAAGAUCUGAAUACUGAAGAAGAUAGUGACAAUGAAACAGAGAAACCAGUGACCCAAAUGAAAACACCUUUAUUCCCACCAAUGGUUAAAACAGUAAAAUCUAGUGACAUAAAAUGA